AAAAUCAAUUGAAUAUACGGAAUUUUACAAGUCAAUUACACAUUUUUUUUUUAAUAAAUAUAUGCCUUUUAAAACUUUAUACACAUAGCGCUCACAUUUGCCUCGUACGUAAGCUUGCGUAUUUGAGCUAAAGAAAUUUUCCCUGAUAAGUGUUUUAUUACAGUUCAGCUGAAAAAACAUAUAAACAACUUACAGCGGGCGACCCCGUCAUCGUAAGACCAAAGUGUAUACAACGCUGACUUGCUCUUCUACGACUUGUGAAAUUCAUAUUGCACUUUUUGUUUCGAUCGAAUCAUCAAAUUUCACACUUUUAGCUGGACGUGCGAGUCAAAGUAGAUCAUUAAGCCUGUGAAUCGCCGUGACCGACAGCACUCAAUCGACUUCUCAGUCUAUAUAUGCAACCAUCCUCCGAUCAACACGUUCAAAUCGUCCUCGCGCCACUCCUGAUCACGUUCCUGUCAAUCUUGCCGAUUGAGACGAACGAACAGGAAGGAGUGAAAGGCACGCGAAUUUCGUGUGGACCAUGUCGAAGAAGCUCGUACCCUCGAUGAGGUUUCUGGUCUUUGCGGUUGCCGCCCUCCUCGUCGUAAUGUCGACGAUUGACGCUGCCGACGAGGACAAAAAAUACUCAGAUGCGUACGAUGACCUCGACGUUGACGUGAUCCUGAAGGACGACGCCGAGCGAGACCGAUACUAUGCGUGCUUCAUGGACACAGGACCCUGUCAUACCGCAGCAGCUCAUUUUUUCAAGAACAAGGCACCCGAAGCAAUUAUUACUGCUUGUAAAUAUUGUACUAAAAAACAAUUAGAAAUGUUCGAGAAAAUCGUCAGCUGGUAUGUUGAUAAUAAGUCGCAGGAUUGGAAUAUCUUGAUUGAAAAGACCAUUCAAGAUGCUAAGAAAAAGGGCUUGAAAAUAUGA